AUUUCAUCAUAUCUGAUCAGCUGCAUUGUAUUUCUGAAGCACUGUGCUUACUUCUCUGAGUGAUAAAACGUCAUAUCCCAUGAAGAUAAGUUACUAUUUUUACUACUUAGAAUCGGAGAGUAGCUGAAUAUUUAUAGUACGUUUGUCUCCGACGACAUUCGGUAACAAACAUGGAGAGUUUCUAUUUAACGUUGUUUGUUUGUUACAUGGCCUAUGCCUACAAUCGAAAAUGUGUAGCUUUAUCGAUGCCCAAAUUGAUCGAAGAAGGUUUGGAAACGAGCCAUGCUGGUCUGAUCUUAAGCUGUCAAAAUGUAGCGAUGUCUUUCAGCAAAUUUACCUUCGGGAUGCUGUCAGACAGAUUGAAUCCUCUGAAGAUGUUUGCUGUUGGUCUGUUUUUGACUGGAUCACUCACUCUGCUGUUUUCAACAUCGUCUUCUGUGUUUGCCUUUUGCACAUUUUGGUUUCUGAAUGGACUGGCUCAAGGGUGUGGAUGGCCUGCCUUAUCCAAAAUACUUCGACAAAGAGCUGAUCCAGCAAAUUUUGGGACAUUAUGGAGCUUAUUAUCUGCAAGCAACAACAUUUCUGGAUGCAUAUCACCAUACUUGACGGCAUACCUAGUUAUGAACUUUGGAUCUACAGCUGGCAUCUUUUCGGCAGGUGCGUAUUCCGUAGUUUUGAGUAUAGUUCUCAUGUUUUUGAUAAAGACGUCUUUUGAUAGUGAGGCAAAAGAAACGAAUACAGCAGAAAAAAUCCCCAAACAACAAAGCUCAAAUGCUUCAGUAUCAAUGAAAACUUUAUUGAAAGAUCCUUUCUUAUGGCUAGUUACCUUAACUUUUAUGAUUGUAUUUUGCACCAAGAGUACUUUAGUAGAUUGGGGACAGUUGUAUAUGAAGCAAGAACGUGGCCUAUCUCUUGCUCAAGGUAGUGCCUUUACUAGUACAGUAGAAGUUGGCGGAUUUAUCGGACGUUUGUUGGCUGGCUAUCUUUCAGAUAUAUUCGUCAGGCGAUGCAAUGCAAAUAAAGAUAAUAAAACACCUGCCUAUCAAGUGCGUAUGACAGUAGCUGUAGCAUUUUUAGUGGGAUGUAUUUUCUCUGUGCAUAUGUUUCGAACAACUCUGGAUGAAGACACUUCUUUGAUAUGGAUUAUGAGUCUGGGAUUUUCAUCAGGAGCUUCUUUGUAUGGAAUGAUUGCAAUAUGUGGUAUUGCAGCUUCCGAAUCUGCUCCUUCACAUAUGAGCGGAAGUGCUUACGCUAUAGCAGCCUUAGGUGGAAAUAUUGGUUCUACAAUGUCUGGUCUUCCAAUCUGUUACCUAGCUGAACAGUACGGCUGGUCCACUGUUUUCCUCUUGCUUGAAAUAAUUAUUGGAGUAACUUCGCUCUUAGUUGUUUGUUUCAAGAAUACCCAAUCAACGAUUUCCUUACUAAAGAAAGAAGAUUAGUUAUUUAAAAAAAAGUGUAGAUUUAUUUUACUUAAAAACUGAGGAUUGUUCAAUAUUUACUCUCUAAAUAGUUACAAUGUGGGAAGUUGAUGAAGAAGUAUUGCUAAAAAAUAUUUAAUUGUUUGUUAAAUAUAUAAUAAUUGUUUUAGAGAGUCCCAUAUUGUUAUUAAAAAUUUUUAUAUGUCGAGGUUACAUCAGCAUUGUUUUUGCUGCUAUAAAAGAUAACUCACUUUUACGUUGGUAAAAAUAUAAAAACUUUAUUGAAGCUAACUAUUUACUGUUAUUUUUUAUCAAAAGCAUUUUACAUGAAAGGCUAUACUUGAUUCAAGUAUGUCUUUUCAUAAUUAAAGAAAAUACAUCUUAUACUUCAUGACAUUUAAUUUCUGUAGCUAUGAAGUUAAAAUUUUUUGAAAUUUGGAAGCAAACUCCAAAAUAAAUGAAGUGAUUAUUAAUAAUUUUUGGCUAAAAGAUGGCUAAUUCAGAUUCCCAUUAUUGUUUUCACAAAUUGUUGAUACCCACUAUUGUUUACAGAUAAUUUUACUCUAACAACUGAUUUUACAGCUACAGUUCUAUCCAAACUGCAAGAAAUUUAUAAAGUUCAUCAAAAGGUUUUGCUAUUCUUGAACUAGAUGAAAUUUGUUUACUGCAGAUACAAAAGGGAAAUUCUAAAUUUUUUUUUUAUAUAUAUAUAAAGAAGGAUUAGUAAGUUUAGUAAAGAUAAGCUUGAAAGUUUUAAAUUAUAAUGUAAUUUUUGUUAUGCUUUUCUUUUUGGAAAAGCUUACUUUUUACACACUUUAUUUUCUUAAAUUAUUUACCUUAAUAUAAUUUUUAUGUGUCUCUUACAUCAAAGCAUCAAAUACUGAUGAAUUAAGUUGUGAAAAUGUGUACAUCCAAUGCAUGACAAUAAAAGCUGAAAAGUGUGAUAUUUAGUUAAAGAAUUGUAAAUUUGUAACUAGUUAAAUAAUUGUAAAUUUGUAACUAGUUAAAAAAUUGUAAAUUUGUAACUGUUAAAUUGUAAACUGUAAAUAAUUGUAAAUUGUAUUGUAAAAUUAUGUUAAUAAUUUCUUUUAAUAUUAGUAUAAUUCCAUUAUAAUAUAUUCAUUAUGAUAUAAAUUUACAUUAAUAAUGUAAUUCAUCACAGGGGAUGGGAAUCAUUAUUUAAAAUAGCUUUAAAGACAAAUAGGUUUCCUGAGAAAGCGUUUUUGUUUAUAUUGUGUUCUAAUAUUUUUCUUAUUGUAAAAUAAAUUUGUAUUACACAUAAAUAAAAACUUAUUUAUGGAAGAA